CUCCGCAAUGUGCCAGAUCAGAAUGGCUCAGUAGACAGAGAGAUUCCGAAUGCACCGGGUUGUAUCGGUUGGAAUCGGGCAAUCCAGCGUUGUGUUUUGGAGAAGCCGUUUCUGGCGAGAACACGGCCCGUGACUUUAUUCCAGGCCAAGUCCUGGAGGAGUCUUUUCUUUGCUCGCGACCUGAUGGCGAUCUCGUCAUCUAUUCUUCCAAUUGAGAGUCCAGAUCGAGACAGUCGUCGUGAAAUGGCCCGAGAUCCCGAGGUUGGCGGAAAAUGA